AGAGAAGACAGGCCGUUGGGAGCAUUAAACAUGGCGCCGCUUGAGAGAGGCACCACGCCUUGGGGCAUGGAAUACAGCAUGCACACCGUCCCGCCUGCAAUUCGUCGCGAAGUACAAUCAGUGUUCCCAAAGGCCAACCUGGAACAGCUGCUUAUUGUGCCGACCUGCCAGCACGCCAUCGUGGACCUCGUCAAUACCGGCGAGCGGGUUGAGGGCGAAAAGGACCGCCUUCUAGAGCGCUUCAUGGCCUGGGCCAAGGUGGUGUGCGACCAGCUGUCAACUGCGGGGCACUGGGCGGACUACAUUGAUCCAUGUUCGGGUCUGCCGAUGAUCCACACGGACCUCAAUGUGGUGUACCCUGAGGUGUCGGCGCUCAGUGUGCUCAUGGGCUACCAGACCUCCAACGCAGGCUGCUGCAAGGUUCUCCUGCACCCGGCGUGGGGCAGCGCCGUGUACCCCGCCUCGCUAUUCACGGAGGCGCCCCUGGACGCGCUACUCGCAGCCAUCCAGGUCGCCAACGCGUCGCAAGUCGAGUGAUCCAUCCGUGCAAGCGGGGCACGUGGAUCGUGGAUGCCUGCGCAUGACCCAUGGCAGGUCCAAACGGAAGUGGUGCUGCUCCGGAGCGGGGCAGGAGGAGAUGGCUUACCCAGUGGGCAGGUUGGUGUUGAGGAGGUGCACGAACGAUUUUACCCUAGGCUUGCAGGUGGAGAGCGCAAAGGAGAGGAAUGAGCUGUGCAUCAAGGGAACCUGAAUCAAGUGAUCAACGUGUCGCACAGUUUGUUGACGCGUCUGCAAACGGCAAACCUACGCCGAGACGCCGAGAGGGCGUGCUGUGUGUGCUGCCGGCACCUUGGACGCAUGAGUGAGCGUUGACCAGCUACUACAUUGUGUGCGUGUUGAGUCGUGGACUUUCAGCACUCUAAAGUACAAUAGCGUGGAUGCUGACGUAAGCAACUGCUGUGUCAGGGGGUAGGGGCUUGUGUGGUGGCACCUAGAGAGCACUCCGAAUUGUGCCAUGGGCCCAUGGCGCAUCCAGGGUUUUCACAGUUGAGCUCUGGGGCUUCUUGCGAGGAUGACGUUCAAGGACGACAGCGCCUUUGGUUGUAAUAGAUAGAUGCCGUUUGAAGUGUGUGCAGGCUUGCCAGGCGGGGUGGAAGUGAGGUGGACGCGCGGGGUUGAUGCGGGUAUGUGCCGUUGAGAGGCUUCGUGCGGGGCCCAUUGCCCCGCGUGCC